AUGUCCGUGUUGGGUGUUCCUCCUGGAGUAUCUUCAGCGUCGGAUGUACCCGCUGGUGUGGCCUCUACAGACUUUAGUAGGGGAGGGAUUGUUCAUCAGUGUCCAUUUUGCUUCAAGAGGUUUGGCUUGAAAUCAGACUUAAGACGUCACCUCCGUACACACACUGGGGAGAAGCCGUUUGCCUGUAAUAUAUGCAAUUUCCGCACAGCCCUGAAAGGCAACCUCAAACGGCACUUGAUUCGCUUCCAUGGGAUUGAAGUAGGAGUUGAGAAUUGUGGGAAUAAUAUCUGA